UCUCGCGAGAGGUGAGGAAACAACAAGUAUGGCGGCGCCUGCAGAGAGCUGCCUGAUGUAGGAGCAAGGCAAAAUAAAACGGUAGUUGUUGAUAUAGACUGCGCUGUUUUCCAUGAAAAUUUCAUAAAAAAGCUGCUAUAGUAAGAUAUGGGAUAUGAGCGAAUACUGUGCGGCGCUCUGGAGCGAUACUCCAGGCAGUUUCUACUCGGUAAUGUCAAACGGAAAGCUCGAUUAUUUCAAGAUGCUUCAAAGUCGUCGGAGACUUCCUACAGUGGCGUUUCCACACGAUUGUUUACUUUGUUCGGACUGAACGGAGGGACUCUCGCCCAAACUGGCCGCCGACUGGCAGCCCGUCAAGGUUAUUGCACCUCCGCCCAGCCAGCCAGAGACGUCACCUUGUUCGAGCAUGACAGAACCCGCUUCUUCCGGCUCCUGACGAUCUUCUGUGGCGGCCAGUUCGUGUUCUGGACAUACCUGGCUCAGUUCGCCUUUACCGAGCUCAGAGACACCCGCGGGAAGGGAGAGAAAGGCGGAGCCAAGGCGCCCACCACCACGGGGCUUGCCGGGAUGUGGAGCUUUGAGAUGAACCUGGGUUCCAACGCCUGGAGGUUCGGGUUUACACUGGUAUGUCUGUCCAUAGGAGCCGGGAUAGUCGGGCUCGGAGCUCUGUUCUGCUUGCGAUCAGUCAGUAAAGUGGUUCUGCAUCAAGGCGGGAGGAUGGUGACUGUAUGCACACAGUCCCCUCUGGGACCGAGCCGAGGCAGGACCAUAACUGUGCCGCUAAGCCAGGUAGCCUGCCACGCCCACAGACAGGAGUCCACCUCCUUCAUCCCCCUCAGAAUCAAGGGACACAGGCUCUACUUUCUUCUGGACAAAGAAGGGACUUUAAACAACGCCAGGCUGUUUGAUAUCACUGUUGGCGCUUACAGACCAGUUUAAGAUGAGAUUACUGAGCCAUCAGACUCUUUAUUGACUCUACAGCUCUUAUGUGGUUUUGGGUUUUUCCUUAUUGUCAAAGUAAAUAAAGUAUUCGAAAUAAGA